AUGAUUAAAUUAAUAUUAAUCGUGGCUACGAUUAUUUCAUUUGCUUUGGCAGCAACUGAUUCUGAAAUGACUAAAAAAAUGAAAAAGUUUAAAAUUAUACCACAAAUUGUAUCUGGAAAUGUUCCAGAAUUGUUGAAGAUAACUUUCGAUAGCGGAGCAUCAGUUAACAUGGGAAACAAAAUAUUACCAUCGCAAGCAAAAAACCAACCAAAAGUAGAAUGGAAUGCUGAUAAACAUUCCUUUUAUACAAUUGUAUGUUUUGAUGCCGAUGCACCUUCACCAGCAGAUCCUUCUUUAAGUAAACUUGUAACAUGGAUGGUGGGAAAUAUUCCUGGUAAUGAUAUUGCUUCGGGACACGUUCUUGCUCCAUACAUUGCUGUUUCUCCACCAAAAGGAAAACAAUGGCAUCGAGCAGUUUGGUUGGUGUACAAACAACCAAGUAAAUUAAAGUUUGAUGAACCACAAGUUGAUAAAUAUACUCUUGAGGGAAGAACAAACUAUCCCUUAGAAGAGUUUUUGAAGAAGAACGGAAUAGGUGAACCUGUAGCUGGAAACUUUUGUAUGACUAAAUUUGAUCCUCAUGUUUUAGAUGUGUAUAAAAGAUUGAUAUGUUGUAAUAAAUACAAUGAAGAAAAGGAAAGUUUGUAA